CCGUGUUUGAUGCUCUUGUAAUUCCGAUAUUGUCCAUAAUGAGCAACGGCAGAUCCGGUCCUGUUCCCAAGGGCAGCAGCCAGAACGGGUCACAAUGGCUGACUUCACAGAAUUCAAAUCAACAAACACAACACCAACAGAGCCAGCAAACUCAAAACCAACAGCAACAAGUACAGAUUAAUACCAAUGCCUACACAUUACCAGGAGUGAUCAACUACCUCACUUCAGAGUUCACGAAUCUCGAGAGAUACAAAAUAAUGACAAACUUGGAGAAACUGGAGAUGAAGUACAAGAUAGUUCAACUUCAGGGCGAAUUGAAUUCGCUUCGCUUCGUCAAUGGAAAACAGAAGACUGUGAUUGACCAGCUCAAAAAAGAAAACAGUGAUUUAAAAAAGAAAUUGGAUGAAAAAUUGGCAGUUUCUGCUAGGAAAGGUUCUGAGGAAAUUGAGGAAAAUAAGGAAUCAGACUCAAAAUCAGUUCUGAAAGGUUCAGAGUCAAAAUCGUCUAGUCUGAAUGCAACAUUGAUUUCUGAAUACGAUGAAUACGCAGAGAUACCUGAAAUCGACUUGCUGAUAAUCAAGAAGUCUCGUCAACAACUUACGAAGUCUAUGAAAGAAAUAGUCCAGCUUCUCAAGACUCCAUCAGUGAAAAGCGUCAACUACCUUGAUUUACCUGAUCCUCACGGAAGCAAUGUUAACGAAUUUGAUGUGUUAUUUGAACAUCAGGACCACGACCAUGAUCUUCUUGAUGGAGACAACUCUUUCGUAAAGUCUCGUGAUAGAAAAAAUUAUAAAGAUAACUCUGUUGUAGCACUGUUUUUUGGCGAUAGAGCAGUUAAAGAACUGAUCAAGAUUCAUGACGAUGACGGAGAAGACGACGAUGACGAAAAAGGCGAAGGAAUAGAUGCGUUUUCCCAAUUAGAAAAGAGAGCAUCGCAAUUGCAGAAACGAAUUGAAGAUGAGAACCAAAGUAACCAGGCUGAAUCGGCUUUUUCAGUUCGAUUCCUCGAGCCUUCAGACCUCUUGUCGGCGCCUAAAGAAACCAUAAUGCCAUCAUCGCUUACUGAUGAAAGUGAUACUGAGACUGUAGUGAUCGACGAGAGCAGAGAAGAUGACGACUACGAAGAAUUGGCAGAGCCAAACGUUUCACCAGUAAAGCCGGUUAAACACACGAAUAUCAGUCUAUCGGAAUCUGGUGAGUCCGAUUUGACUCCUCCGGCAGAAGGUGGCUAUAAAAGUUUUAGCUACGGCAUCUAUAGUACGAAGAUUAGAAAGCCAGAAAGCAAUUCUAGUCCAGAGUACGAAGUGACGAUCACUGAUUCCGACGAACAGCAAAUAUUCGAUAAGAAAAUACAGUUGUCAAUAUCUUUCGAUAAGAUAUCGCUGUUAUACCCCAUAGUGAUGAACGGUGUAGUCACUUCGUUUUUGCUAGUAGAAGCCGAUGGCAGUAUACAGGCUAUAACCCUUGAUAGUGAUGAACCAGAAAAACUCCUCUACAAUUUGAGAAGUUCAAUUCACGAUGUACAAAGUGAUGCCCUUAUUGAGUUCACUCCCAAGACUACCGAAACCAGCAAAAGCUAUGGACUAGCUGUGAGUGGAGUUAGUCAAACAGGUCAGUUUGUGCUGAGAGUGUUCCAGAUCACUUACGAUACCAGUGUCGGUUUUGUUAGCAAGGAAAUUGGGAACUAUAACCGAUCAUUCUUGACCAAGAGCAAGGCUAAUGAAGAUGUAGAAUUCGUAGGUUGGAUUGCAUCCGAAACAGAACUCGCGUCGUCGAAGCUACCUGUUUCUCCCAGAAGUAGAGUUAGGCACAGCGACAAGAAGGGCUUAUUCUGCGACGACGUAUCGUUAUCCCCCUACAAGCUCUUGUACAAAGUGGGCAGCAAAUGGCUAGAGUUGAAUAUUGUUCUGAAGCAGACUAUAUUUGUUAAGCAGCCACCCAACAUAGGUAAUUAAGAUAUUCGUGACUAACGAGCCUUUUGAGAGGAUUAUAUAUACUGCUUGUUGCUGAUUCAUGAAGACAUGAAAUUUAUUCCCAUAGUAUCUCCACAUAUACAUAGUGCAUUCAAUAUACAAAUAGGA